GUGGUGACGUAAUUGCCCUGCGACGUUACCGGAAGAGACGUGGCAAAAAAUGCAACCUGCUAUAAAAAUAUAGAGGAUAGUACCUGAGAGUGUACAGUUCCAUGUUGAUAUUUGCAUCAGUUUGUGGUUAACUGGUAUUUUUAUUGAUCUUUUAAGACAGACCAUGGGUUUAUGCAAGUGUCCUAAGAGGAAGGUAACGAACUUGUUCUGCUUUGAACAUCGUGUCAACGUUUGUGAGCACUGUCUUGUAUCCAAUCACAAUAAGUGUAUUGUACAGUCAUACCUACAGUGGCUACAAGACAGCGAUUACAACCCAAACUGCAGCCUGUGCAGCCAGCCCUUAGAUUCCCAGGAGACUGUUCGGCUAGUUUGUUAUGAUUUAUUCCACUGGUCAUGUCUGAAUGAGCUCGCCUCCCGUCAGCCUUUCUACACGGCACCUGCUGGGUACCAGUGCCCUACAUGCCAGGGUCCAGUGUUCCCACCCCCAAACCUGGCCAGUCCUGUUGCAGACAUGCUGAGAGAACAACUGUCCUAUGUCAACUGGGCUAGAGCAGGACUGGGCCUUCCGCUGAUUGAAGAUCCACCAAAGAGUGAGGAAAGUACAACACAUGACAUUACAUGCUACUCUGAGUGGUCAUCUUUUGAGACCCCUACAGUGGAUAUAACUUUGUCAAACCCCACACCCACCAGUCUACCACUUGAUCAGGAUGUGGAACACAUGCACAAAAAUGGAGAAAUGAGUGCCCAGAAUCACUCUGCCAUCAGUAUGAGCACCACCUCUACCACCGAUACAAUCACCAUUAACACAGCUGUAUCCCCAAGAAAGGUAUACGACACGCGGGAUUCAGGACACAGUGCAGUGAUGCAGAUUGACUUUGAUGAUGAUAAAUACCGCAGACGGCCUGCCCUUAGCUGGUUUGCACAGGUUCUAAAGAAUCGUACUGGCACUAAGAAAAAGGCCCUCACACUGAAACAGCGAAUCUUCAUGUUGCUGUUGGUUGGAGUGAUUGGUUUCUUUACCCUCAUUAUAAUCAUGGCCAAACUGGGUCGAGCCUCAGCUGAGACAGAUCCGAACCUGGAUCCCAUGCUGAAUCCCCACAUCAGGGUAGGCAACAUGUGAUGGAUCCACUUCCUGCUAAAACUCUAUGUGGAUUCAGCCUGCAGUUUGACUUUACUUAUAAAACAUGAUUUGAAAAUGCUGGAGAAAGAAUGUUCCUCAGGAUUCUUGGACUAGUGUGAAAAUACAACUGUUUGGACUGUGGUAGGAAAGUGUGACUUGGUGGUCAGCCAUAAAGAAGAUGGAGAUGGUCAAGUUGUUGUCGCACAACAAAUCUCAGAUUUCUCUUGAGUGAGAUUAUAUAGGCUCUAUAAGUGUGCAACUGUGUAUUAUUCAGCUCUAUAAUUAUCCAUUGCAUACCCUUCUUAAAAUUGGGAUAAAAGAUUUUGCCAAUAUUUUGAAAUCUUAAAUUUUUUUUAUAAUAUGCACAGAACUCAUUAAGACUACAUGUGGAAUUGGUGGGGUUAUUGCUUCUCUGAGGUGUCAAAAUUUUGGUUACAUUUAUUAAUUGCUGAUCAGUUAGCAACCCCUGUAUGUGAGAAGGAUUUUGCAUAUACACAUAUAUACUUUGCUGUAUCUACUAAAAUGCUUUAGUAGAUACAACCUUAAAAUAGGCAGGUGCAAACUGUACUCGGUAAAUUAAAUGUUUGGGUCAUAUUUCAUCAAAAAAAUAUUUGUAUUACAAAAAUGAAGCCUAUUUUAGGGCUAUUACAGUUUUUACAUCGUGACAUUAUUGUUGUGCCAAUUAUAGUCUCUCCCUACAUGUCCAUUACUGUUAA